CGCACCUCACUGCUACCUGACGCUUCUUCUUCACGCGCUGGAUCUAACGGAGCAAUAAUUAAACUGUCUCCAAACUGCUAAUAAGCUGGUAAAUUCUUCUGUUCGUCUGAGAUGAAGCAGCUGGAAUGGUUUCAGAAUUUAAGCGCUCUGGUCCUGAUUGUUUUAUCAUUCUCAGCAUUUCAAGGUAUUAAAAGCCAACUAGUGGUGUCUCCAGUUGGUCCAACCCUGGUGAAUGUUUUAGCUGGCAGCAACGUGACUCUGGCUGUGUCCUUCAGUGGAGCCACUGAUCCAGUGGUUAUCUGGUUUAAUGGAUCUUUAACUGUGGGGACAUGGACUAUAAACGCCAAUUUUCCUCCAGACAUAGUGGAUGACAGCAGGGAUGUACUCCGUAUUGAAAAGGAUGGAUCCCUUACCUUUACAAAUGUGCCAAAGCACUUCAGUGGCAUUUAUACUGUUAAUAUGACAAAGUCUGGACUGGGAAAAGCAUCCACGACCUUCAAUCUGAGGAUAUAUGAGGUGAUCCAGGUCGUGACUCUGAGCACACAGCCUGAUUUUCCCCAGGAGGGAGCUGAGCGGUUCACCUUACAAUAUAGCAUGCUUCAAGGUGUUGUUGGGCAGGAGAUCUGGAGCUUAAAUGGAAGAAAACUGGAAAAUGGCUCGCACUAUUUGAUAGAGGGAGGCAGCCUUGUAAUACGUGGACCUAAUCGGAGUGACAUCGGGUCAUACUCUGUGUUACUGAUGAACCCUUUCAGCAAUGCAACGGCUCAGAAGAAUGUGACUGUUCUCUAUGGACCGGAUGAACCUAUAAUUGAGGCACUGCCAGCUCAGCCUUUCUAUGAAGUUGGGGACUCUGUGAUUAUCUCCUGCAAUGCUGAAGGCUUCCCACAGCCAACUGCUGAGUGGGUCUUUGGGGGUCAAACUCUUUCAGAAUUUCACCAAGGAAUCCUAAAUUUAACCAAUGUGCAAACCAAUCAGGGAGGUGUUUAUACAUGCUCUGUGCUCAAUGCAAUGAGUGGAAAGAAGCGGGAGAAGAAUGUGACUAUAACUGUCUAUGAGAGGCCAUUAGGUGAUCCAACGUGCUCGGUGUUGUCUGUGAACAAUACUGAUCUGCAGUAUCAGUGCAGGUGGGUAGGGGGAACACCAAAUGCCCAGCUGACUUUUCCCGACUUAAGCACCACAAGCACUGGAGCGGGAAUCUUCAGUCUUACUGUCACUGAUGCCAGUAGCUUUGAUGAGAAAACUGUUGUUUGCAACGCAGAGCAUCCAAUAGAACAUAAAACCUGCAGCGUUACAGCAAGUCGUCCCAUGAAUUUCCUCCCAGCUGUAAAAAACACUGUUGACCCUGAUGGACAAAUUGCAGUUACCAUCUACUGUGUCAGUGAUGCAUCCCCUCAGGCUGUGGUUUCAUGGUCUAGAGGAGGUGAGGAGGUCAUCAACGGGACCCCAUACCAGAUCAGCAGUAAUACCACACAACUGAAGAUUCGAAGUUAUAACAUCUCCACUUUCCUGCUUACACCAAAUUUUACCUGUACUUGUCGUAAUCCACUGGGCAGUCAGAAAAAGCAGGUCCAACUGCAAGGCCCGUCUAUCUCAGAUUCUAGUUUGUUCCCUAAUGAAGAUGGGUCAAUCAUCACAUUGACCUGGGAGGUCCCACCUACAUCUAUUGUUACAGGUUUUGACAUCCAAAUGAAAGGACCAGAUCUUCUGAGCAAUAAUGAGAAAAAUGCCAUGACGAAGGGCAACUCAAAUGAAUACCGCAUAAUUCAACAGAAACCUGGAUCUGCUAGGAGUGCAGACAUCUUUUUCCUUGAUCCCGACUUAACCUACAGGUUUCGAAUUAUUCCCAAAGCUCGACUAACUGAUGGAGAGCCAUCUGAGGUUCACAGGAUUGGUCCAGGUGAAGGGCUGAGCGGGCCUGCCAUUGCUGGUAUAGCAGCUGGAAUUCCAUGCAGCAUUCUGACCCUAUUCCUAAUAAUAGGCCUCAUUGUUCUAAUAUUCUACCUUCACAAGAAAAAAAGUCGUCAGACAAGAUAUCCAGUCUCCAGAGCAGUUGAGAAGGUGAAAAACAUCCAGCCCAACUCUGCUCCACACAAAAUGCUGAAUGCAGGGCUUAGGUCUCCACCUGACUACAAUAGGUUGCACCAGACUCCCUCAGAGAGAUCUGGGACUCUUCCCACGUUUGUCCCACCACCCCCAGUCAGAGUUGCAACAACAGUUUAGCUUAAAAGUACAGUAGAUGUGUAUAAAACUGACUUUAUUUUUUCAUAGUACUUAGGUCAAGUAUCUUCAUUAGACUUUUUUUUAUCCUAUUUUUUGUUAACAUUUCUAAUGAAGGGAAUCAUAAUGAACUUUUAUUAUCUGUUAAAAGAAAAUCAUUAAAAUAACUGAGUCUUUAAGUGAACAACAAUAUGUAGGAGGAACAAGUCAACAGAGAGCAGCUACCUGGGCUAGAGCUACUGACACAAGUGUCUCUGGGAAAGCUAAUAGCAAAAAAUCAGAUGCAGAAAUUUCAUUUCAAGCUGAGGAGGAUGCCAACCAGACAGUUUUACAGUCAAAAGCAGGAUUUUAACAGAUGUAAACUGUGCUGUUAGAAUAAUGCAGGGACAUGUGAAACCUUAAUGGCUAAAUAUUUCAGCUGUGACUUAAAUUAACAAAUCUAGUUUUGCAGGACCAUGUCCUUAUGUUUAUACUGCAGCUUUAAUGGUUUUCUCAUGAGCAUAAAAUCCACAACCAUAGAUGUAUCCAGGACAAGUUCAACUUGGUUCAGCCAUAUUUACAUUUCCUAUCCAAUGAAUGUUUUGCAAAAUUGAAUCAUAUAAUCUUAAAUCUGCCAUUGGUGGAAGUAAAUAUAUUUUUAAUGAUUUUACUACUUUUAUCAUUUUAUCUUUGUCCUUUCCAUCUGGAGAAUUUGAAUGUCCUGAAAAGUGCUCACAAGUUCCUUUCGCUGCUCCUCUGUGCAGGAGUCACCACGGCAAGUCAUUGCAUCUUGCACACAGAUUUGAUAAAGGUCUGACUCCUUUCCCAGAGAACCUAGGAUUCAAAUCUUGCCCCUCAAUAUUAAAGAAGUUUUUUCUCUAAAGUUGCAAUUUUACUCAAUGCGGUUGAGCACCCACUGCCCUUUUUUGUCUGUGUUUGUGCUUGAAAUUUUACGCAUCCUUCAGUUAAAGAGAAGAAAAAAAAUGCCAGUAAAAUAACAAAAGUAAUAAAAAAUACAACUUAUAAAAAAUGGAAAUCAUGACAUAGACUUUGUAUAUAUGUAUACAUAGUAUACAUACACACUGUAUGUUAGGCUAUAGAUUGAUAAAUAAAAUAAGUAAGCAAGCCUGAUGGAGCUCAUGGAUUUGAAUUUUGUUGAGCAACCCUUUGAGGCCAUCAGUAAAACGGAUGUUUUCUGUAAUGUUCAGGAAAUGUUGGCUGAAUCCCAACCUGGUCCCUAAAAACAAACAAUAAGCACUAACCUUUCAUUUGUGCGUUCACACAGAGGGUCCACCAUAUUAAGAACUAUCCCAAAGCCUGUAGUGGGUAGGGCCAGUGGACCGUUUAUCAGAGCAGGCUUGCUGGAAUUUGACAGUAGUGUAAAAGUGAACAAGUGAAGGAGGAAACUCGUUCCUCCAAAUGUAAGUUCUGCUGGUUUUCUGCAUCCUCAUCACACGGAAAUAGAAUUCCAAGUUAGUUAUGGGGAUAAAACAUAAUUAAUUCCAAAAAAGUUUUGUUUUAAGAAAGAGGCAAAUGUUUGAUUUUAUGUCACACUGCGGGACAGAGUUACAGCCACGCACGGGGCAUCAUUGUGUUGCCAUAGCAAUGACUGCUUUCCUUUUCUUUUGGAGGGCAGAGGCUGUGCCAUUCACGUUUAUUCAAUAAUAAUUAAAUAAAUAAUGCUCUAUUAAUCCCAAAGGGAAAUUUGGAAGCUCUUGGCUAAAUCCCCCUCAGUACAUGUCAUUUCAAUUGAUUGCUGAUGACAGGCUUUUGCUGGAGUAUAAACAUCUGCAACGCUAACCCUAUUCUAAAGCGAGGGGAAAAAUCUAAAAGUUCCAGCACCCGGCCUCUGGGGAAAUGGAUUUGAAUAUCCCUGACCUUAAGUAUUCUGUUUCCUAUUCUUCAGUGGUUCCUGACCCUGUUGCUCUUGUACCCCUGUCUUGCAUGUUUUAGGUUGCUCCUUGAUGACACACACCAGAUUUGUAUGAAUGGGCGUUAAACAGGCUAGAGUCUAAAAACGUAUGCAAACAUUUGAACCAGGAAUCUCAAAUAGGGCAAGUAGCUACUUCUGUACGGUUUUGCAGUGGUUAUUAACUAUUGAAUUCAAGCAGAUGUGUCAUAUGAAGAAAUGAUUGGAUUAUGUACUUUCAGUCGCAUUUGUUUCAUCUCUAGUCAAGUCAUUGAUUCACUGUUAUUGGUUGCAGUGUGACAUUUUUGGCCCUUGUCAGUUGUUGUCCGACAAGCUGUUGUUUUUGUAUCAGAUUUUUUUUUAUUUCACACAAGUAAAUGGCAUGUACAAUGUAUCCACUAAUAAAAUGUUC